GGUUCUGGUUCGGGCUCGGCUGAUAAAAGCUGCGCUCAGAGCGCGGCUCGGCGGCAGCACGAUGCUGGGCUGGAAGGAGGAAGUGCCGUGGAGAGGGGAGGGACUCCGGCUGCAGCUCCAUGGGGCCGCGGCGGCGCUGCGUCCUGCUGCACAUGGAGCCGCGGACAGCUGGAAGAACUUCAUUCUGCAAACACAGGGAAUAGCAGAGUACCUGCACCGCAUGGAGACAGAGGAGGACCAGGAGAUGGCCCAGAUGCCAGGCAGGGACAGCCCCCCCGCCAACGACGCCUCCGAGGAGGCCGAGGAGCCCAUGGCGGUCCCCGAGGACCUGUCGGCCAACUCCAGCCAGCAGCAGAACCACCGAGGAGACAAAG